GAGGAGGGAGGCGAGGAGGGAGUCCAAAUCCCGCGCGGACGCGAGCGCCUUCAGCACCGGGGCCGCGGCUCGCUCGGGCCACCACCGCCACUGCGAACGAGUGGCGACCGAGGCGCAGAGAGGAACGAGGGCCGUCGCUUGUCCAGGCGCUCUCCCCGCGCCGGGUCCGCGUGUCCCUGCGCGCUCCCCACCACCACCACUACCACCACCACAACCUCUUCCCGCCCCCGAUUUGUUUUUUUUUCCGCGCGAGACUCUCGCCGUGCCCGGGCCCAUGCAGGUAGCUCAAGGACGAUGGCUUGCACCGCCCUGCGCUCGGCCUCUUUCCUCCUAGCGCUCGCAUUCCGUUUCGCGCUGUGCCAGGACCGGGGGAACGAGGUGAUCGAGGCGGCCGCGCCGGGCCGCUGCGACGCCUUCUACGCGGGCCUCUCGGGCUGCCUGCACCGCCUGGGAGACCACCUGAACCGCGUGCGGCCCGACAUGGACGAGAGCCACGCGGUCACCACGCUCUGCAAGCACUGGGAGGAGUUCCAGGCGUGCUCAGUGGCCGCCAUUUCCGACUGCCAGAAGGGUGCCACGGACACGUGGAAGUCGCUGGCGAAGGACAUGCGGAAGCUGAAGUUCAAGGGGAACAUGUACGCGCUGUGCGACAAGGGCAGCAGCGCGGCCACGCGGGGCCUCGUCGCACCGCUGGCGCUGCUCGUCCCCCUCGCCGCCGCCUGGUUGCAGCUCGCGCUGUGACGGUCACACGCACACGCCAGAGCCCCCCCCCCCCCACCCCCCCUCGAGGUCCGGGUUUUCGGGGGGUGAGGGGGGAUUCCACCCCUUCUCCUCCGCCCCUCCCCCCGUACUCCACCCGACGCGCGAGAGACGACUCCCACCCCCCCCCCCCCACAUCAUUCUUCCCCGAUCCCCAUCCCGCGCGCAAGGUGGCCCACGUCUCACGCCGCCGUCAUUCACCCGCACGGGGAGAGGAGGAGGAGGAGAAGGGGGGUGCGACAAUUCUCCUUAAGCCACGCCACUGUCGAGGGGUAGGGGGAGCGAGCCCCCCCCCCUCCCCCGGAAACUCUGUGGACGUUAAAACUCACAAAGCAAUCGAGCACAGAAGGGGGCUGGCGGCGGCGAGUCCGGAGAGAAGCGCCACAAAUUGGGAGGCGGCACAGAGACGCGCCCGGUGCGGGUUUGUAUUGAGCAGCGGCGUGGCGGAGGAGGCGAAUGCGGCGACGAGGAGGCGCGUUGGUAAAGACGUUGAUUGUAGAACUCACGGGGGGGUUACAAGCUCGUGCUGUGUGCUCCACGGGGAGACGGCGGCUGGGUUCGUGAGGCCCCGCGCGUGCCCGUCCUGGCCGGGGCACGCGCGCCUGGGGACGCGCCGCGCUCCGGGAUGCCCGGCGCCGUGCGAGGGAUCGAGAAGCGUGGGGGGGGGGGGGGUGAGAGAGAGCGCGCCAGGCAGAUUGUGAGUUGCCGAGUAAGCGAGUGAGAGAGACAGCGAGCUAGUGAGGAGGAGUGUGAGGGAUGAGAGGGAGAAGAAGAGAGGGAGCAAGUGAGGAGGAGUGUGAGGGAUGAGAGAGGGAGAGAGUGAGCAAGUGAGGAGGAGUGUGAGGGAUGAGAGGGAUAGGAAGAGAGGGAGCAAGUGAUGAGUGAGAGGGAUGAGAGAGGGAGAGAGAGAGUGAGCUGUGAGCUAGUGAGGAGGAGUGUGAGAGACAGAGAGAGCCCUGAAGGAUCUCGCGUUGCGCGGGGCACACGGGGGGGGGGGGGCUGUCUGCUCGUGUCCCACGCUCGUUCACGUCUCUUCUUCAUCGCGUUUCCAUGGAAAAUUAUGUUUUGAGCGACGCUCCCCCACGACACCACCACUCCCACCGCAUGCGCCACUCACUCCGCGCCGCCUCCUCCUCCGCGGGGGUCCCGACGCCGGACGCGUCCGAAGCGAAUGUCGAUGUGCGUGUGUGCCCCCCCCCCUUCCUCUUUGUCUCGAGAGUCGUUCCCGGGGUCGGUGCCUCCUCGUCGUCGUCGUCGGUGUUAACUCGUUCCGUGUGUUCCGUUGUCGUCCAGUCGUCGUCUUUUACAUUUGAAGGUGUGCGGCCUGAAACGCGUGUGGGGAAGUGGGGGGGAUAAUUACACACAAAAACAUGCAACUAGUUCUAUAUGAGAAAAAAAAUAGAUUAUAUGAGAUGCUAUACGAAUACAUAACACGUGCGUGGAUCGGUGGGAGGGUGUCCUAUUCCGAACAAAGGUGUACAGUUUUUAAACAACAGAUGGAUUAUAUAAUUGCAAGCAAUAAAUAGCCGUGGUCCCGGACAGUCACGGGCUCCAUGAUAAUGAUGACACUAACAGCGGUGAUGGUGGUGAUGGUGAUGAUGGUGGUGAUGUUGGUGGUGCUGGUGGUGCUGGUGAUUCGCCGUGGGGCGCGCGCCUGAACUCGCUCCCGACUCGGACUCCCAUCAGAAAUCCGCGGAAGCCCCUGACUCCCAUCAGAAAUCCGCGGAAGCCCCUGACUCCCAUCAGAAAUCCGCGGUAGCCCCUGACUCCCAUCAAAAAUCCGUGGAAGCCCCUGACUCCCAUCAGAAAUCCGCGGAAGCACCUGACUCCCAUCAGAAAUCCGCGGAAGCACCUGACUCCCAUCAGAAAUCCGCGGAAGCCCCUGACUCCCAUCAGAAAUCCGCGGUAGCCCCUGACUCCCAUCAGAAAUCCGUGGAAACCCCUGACUCCCAUCAGAAAUCCGCGGAAGCCCCUGACUCUCAUCAGAAAUCCGCGGAAACCCCUGACUCCCAUCAGAAAUCCGCGGAAGCCCCUGACUCCCAUCAGAAAUCCGCGGAAGCCCCUCGUCUCACUCUAAGUAUCACGUCCGAUGGUCUCCAGUGGUGGCGGUGGAGUCGUUAAACUAAACCGCACGCUCAGCUCCAACAGAACAAGCGUCAGUAAAGCGAAGUUUCUCGGGCCUUGGCGGGCUAUAGGAGGACCGCGGUGGGGGAGGUGAGGGGAGAGGGGGGGCCUGUUGAUGUCCAGGCGAGCGCACGGCUCGAGGACACCACGGGAGGGACGUAGUGCGCGUUCGCAGAGACAACCCCAGCGAGAGCCGCCCGGGCCGCCGUUGGCUUCUUUUUCGUUCCUUUCCUUUGCAGGUUUUUUUUUUUACUCGCAGAGACGCGGACGGCGGCUCCCCUUCAGAGGUGACGCCGCGUGGAAACCCCCCAUGGCGCUUUGCGACGUUUGCGAACCACGAAUGUUGCGCACUUUACUUCGGUUUGUCCCCUCGUCGUGUACGAGUCGGCCGAGUGUGAACAUUUCCUCUUCAUGAAAUAUAAAACUAUUAUUUUAACGCGUGCGUCGCUCUCUCACUCACUCGCUCGCUCUCUGAUCCGAUGUGUGUGUGUGUCUAUGUGUGUCUUUGGGGAGCGGUAGUGUAGCGGUGAGCGCACUGCGCUACAAAUCUGGCCACCCGG